GCCUCCCGGCAUGCCCCGCGCGGCAACCCGGAACCAGUUGGGUGAAGACAGGCCCGUAGUGCGGAGAGUCCCUGCAGCGGCCGGUGUUGCCGUCGCCAUGGCGUCCGCGCGGGGCCCUGCGGUGCGGGCAACAAAAACCAAGAUCUCAGACGAGAGUGAUGCUCCCCCAGUCAAGAGACCUCAUAUCUUCUAUGGAAGUUUGGAGGAGAAGGAAAGGGAGCGUAUUGCCAAAGGGGAGCUGGGGCUGCUAGGAAAAGAUGGGAUGAAAGCUGCAAUUCAGGCUGGCAACAUUAACAUUAGCAGUGGUGAGGUCUUCGAUCUUGAAGACCAUAUGAGUGAGCGCCAGGCAGAAGUGUUGGCUGAAUUUGAGCGCAGGAAGCGUGCUAGGCAAAUCAAUGUUUCCACCGAUGACUCUGAAGUCAAGGCCUGCUUACGAGCUCUUGGGGAGCCCAUCACACUCUUUGGAGAAGGGCCUGCAGAAAGAAGAGAAAGAUUGAGAAAUAUCCUCUCGGUGGUUGGCACUGAUGCCUUAAAAAAAACGAAGAAAGAUGACGACAAGUCUAAGAAAGCCAAAGAAGAGUAUCAGCAAACCUGGUACCAUGAAGGGCCAAGCAGUCUGAAAACAGCUAGAUUGUGGAUCGCCAACUACUCACUCCCCAGGGCAGUGAAGCGGUUGGAAGAAGCCCGACUGCUCAAAGAAAUUCCCGAGGCUACGAGGACAUCCCAGAGGCAAGAACUGCACAAGUCCCUAAGGUCAUUGAAUAAUUUCUGCAGUCAGAUUGGAGAUGAUCGCCCCAUCUCUUACUGCCAUUUCAGUCCCAAUUCCAAACUCCUGGCUACUGCUUGUUGGAGUGGGCUGUGCAAACUCUGGUCUGUGCCUGACUGCAGUCUCGUUCACACUUUACGAGGGCACAACACCAAUGUGGGAGCAAUUGUAUUCCAUCCCAAAGCUACUGUCUCCUUGGACAAGAAGGAUGUCAACUUGGCCUCUUGUGCAGCUGAUGGUUCUGUCAAACUCUGGAGCCUGGAAAGCGAUGAGCCGGUGGCAGAUAUUGAAGGUCAUACCAUGAGAGUGGCACGAGUGAUGUGGCAUCCCUCUGGGAGGUUCCUGGGCACCACUUGCUAUGAUCACUCCUGGCGCCUGUGGGACCUGGAAGCUCAGGAAGAGAUUCUUCAUCAGGAAGGGCACAGCAAAGGGGUCUAUGACAUUGCUUUCCACAUGGAUGGAUCUCUCGCUGGGACUGGUGGCCUUGAUGCCUUUGGCCGAGUGUGGGACUUGCGCACCGGACGCUGUAUCAUGUUCUUGGAGGGUCACCUGAAAGAGAUCUAUGGGAUCAACUUCUCCCCAAAUGGAUACCACAUAGCAACUGGCAGUGGGGACAACACUUGCAAGGUGUGGGACCUCCGCCAGAGGAAGUGCAUUUACACUAUACCUGCCCACCAGAACCUAGUGACAGGGGUGAAGUUUGAACCCAAUCAUGGGAACUUCCUGCUCACAGGCGCCUAUGAUAACACAGCAAAAAUCUGGACGCAUCCAGGCUGGUCCCCAUUGAAAACACUGGCUGGCCAUGAAGGAAAAGUAAUGGGACUGGAUAUCUCCUUAGAUGGGCAGCUCAUGGCAACAUGCUCGUAUGAUAGGACCUUCAAGCUGUGGAUGGCGGAGUAGUCAGUUUAGAACUGCUAGUGAUCUCGGACAAGGACUGAGAAAAAGCAUCAGCCGCUGAACCAAAUAGAGUGGCUGGAGUCGCUGGCUGGUAUUAGCUUUCAGGCUCUUUAGCCGGAUUAGAGCUGGGCUGUAUUCUCCUCCCUCGUCUAAGUUUAUUUUUGUAUUCUUCCCGUUGUUUCUGAGGUGAAUUCUGCUUCCCAUCUCUGUGAGCAUAAUGCAGUUUCUCCUCUCCUUGUUUAUAAAUGUUUGUAAAUACCCACA